AUGGAACCAUACGCAUCUGUCAAGGCGGCAUACAACGAACUGCCGGCCUUCAAGCCGCUCAUUCCCAUCUCGGCGCUCCCGACCAUCGCUCUCGUGAGCCUCGUCGCGGCAUUCGCCCUCGUGUUCUUCAUGUCAACCCUUUCGUCCCGCAAGUUCAACCCGACCGAGGUGCCUAUCGCGCUCCUCGCUGCGGCGCUCACAGGCGCCGGCACCGUCGCGCUGUUCUGCACCGUCGGCGUCAACGUGUAA